AUGACCAAGAUUCCAACUUUAUAUUAUUUCAACUCCAGAGGUAGAGGUGAAGGUACCCGUCUCUUACUUACUUUGGCUGGUGUAAAGUUUAAUGAUGUUCGUUACAAUAGUGCUUUGACACCAGAGAUUAGAUCCAAGACAACCUAUGGUACUCUCCCAUUCUAUGAGGAUGACGAUAUCCAAUUGGCACAAUCGUUAGCCAUCGAGAGUUACUUGGCUGGAAAAUUUGGUUUGGCUGGUGAAAGUCCAAUUGAAAGGGCCAAGAUCCUCUCUGUUUCCCAAGCAGCCAUCGAUUUUGUAUUGCCAAUCUUCCACUCGGAUACCGAUGAAAAGAAGAACAGAUUCAAAAACGACACACUUCCAAGACUGUUGAACUCGUACGAGAGACUUCUCAUCGACAACAGAAACACUACCAAUGAAGGUAAAUACAUCGUCGGAAACAAGCUAAGCUGGGCCGAUGUCAGUGUUUUCUAUGUCGUGGACUUCCUCCUUUUCAAAGGUUUCGGUGAAUUGGUCAACCAAUAUCCAGCUCUAAACUUUGCCAAGUCAAGCUUCGAGUCGAUUCCAGUCAUCAACGACUAUCUUCAACAACGUGCUCAAAAUAACAAUUAA